GGGCUGUACCAUUCUCCGAGGGGGGACUCCCCGCGCUGCGAGGGAUCUGGUGCUAGGAAUUAGAUUAAUACGCACUCAAACGCUGCUUUAAUAUGCCAUAGCUUCAAAUCUACGUCGACACAGCUCUUCCCGGCGCCGAAGAGGACAUCUUGGAGCCCUUUCUUCCGCGUCGCUGCCCCCGCGCACCCCCGCCGAGGAAGUGGUGGUGCCCGGCUCUCAAAAUGGCGGGAGGUUCGCCCUGGAGCCUGAAGUAAGAAGGAGACUCUCCUGCUGCUGGGCUCUGGCUCCUCGCCAUGAGCAACAUCUACAUCCAGGAGCCCCCGACCAACGGAAAGGUUUUACUGAAAACAACUGCUGGAGACAUUGAUAUUGAACUAUGGUCAAAAGAAGCUCCCAAAGCAUGUCGGAACUUUAUUCAGCUUUGCAUGGAAGAUUAUUACGACAACACAAUAUUUCACAGGGUUGUGCCUGAAUUUAUAGUGCAAGGUGGAGAUCCAACUGGUACUGGAUCAGGAGGAGAGUCAAUCUAUGGUGCUCCUUUCAAGGAUGAAUUCCAUUCACGAUUGCGCUUUAAUCGUCGAGGUCUGGUUGCCAUGGCAAAUGCUGGGCCUCACGAUAAUGGCAGCCAGUUCUUCUUUACUUUGGGUCGUGCAGAUGAACUUAACAACAAGCAUACCAUCUUUGGAAAGAUCACUGGAGAUACUAUAUACAACAUGUUACGACUUUCAGAGGUUGAAACAGAUGUGAAUGAAAGGCCAAUCAAUCCAUAUAAAAUAAAAAAUACUGAGGUUUUAUUUAACCCUUUUGAUGACAUAAUUCCAAGAACCAGUAAAAAGUUGAAGAAUGAGAAGUCAGUGGAAGAAGAAAAGAAGGCAAAAUCCAAGGGCACAAAAAAUUUUAGCUUGCUUUCCUUUGGAGAAGAAGCUGAAGAAGAAGAAGUGGAAGUCAACAAAGUUAGUCAGAAUAUGAAAGGAAGAAGCAAAAGCAGUCAUGACUUACUGAAAGAUGAUCCACACCUGAGUUCAGUCCCUGCAAUUAAAAGUGAAAACUCAAAUGAAAAUGAUAAUUCAGAUGAGGAGGAAGAGGAUGGAUAUUGUGAUGAAGGUGAUGAUAUUGAUAGUGAUGAAAAAAGUCAAAUGAAAGAACGAAUUGUGAAGAAGCUAAAGAAAGAUACCAAUCUAACUGUUAAAAAAACAAUUAAAGAGGAUGAAACAGAGAAGAAAAGUAGUCGCAGUGAGGAGCUCCGAAAAGAAGUGCGUCAGCUGAAACGUGAAUUACUUGCAGCAAAGCAAAAGAGGGAAGAAAAUGUCACAAAACCAAAAGAAAGUAACAAUGAAGAGGAAAAAGCUGUCCCAAACAGCAUAGUUGCAGAAUACUUAGAAGAGAAGAAGAAAUAUGAACAACUGAGGAAGCAACAGCCAAAGAAAGGGUCAUCUCGUGAAGACCAGACACUGGCACUACUGGACAGAUUCAAAUCAAAGCUAAACCAGGCGAUAGCAGAAACUCCUGAAAAUGAAGCAUCUGAACCUGAAGUUGAGGAUGAUGAAGGAUGGAUGUCACAUGUGCUCCAUUUUGAGGACAAAACCAGAAAAGUAAAAGAUGCAAGCGUGCAAGAUGAAGACACUUUUGAAAUUUAUGAUCCUCGGAACCCUGUGAAUAAGAGAAGAAGGGAGGAGAGCAAAAAGAUUCUGAGAGAAAAAAAAGGCAAGGAGAUGAAAUGAAUGUAAAGCUAGCCAGAGCCAACUUGGAAAAUGCACAAUGUUCUGGCUCUGUAGUAGCUGGUGUCCCAAAAUAUAUCACUCACAAGGUGUGAAAAGGAAUCUGGUGUCUGAUUUGGACACAGUAUUAUCUCCUUUGUUUUGUGACUUCUGAUGUAAAAUAAGCAUGUGUUCUCAGAAAAGCUUUUGGGAACCAUUUUGAGCUUUUACUGUCAAUAAAUAACUUAUUUUCUAUUGCUCUUUUUAUGUAUUUGAAUUGUUAAAGUGCAGGGUUAUGUAUUUACAAUAUUUUCAGAACAGUGAGAAGUAUAUUUUCUGAAAAUGGAACAAAUGGUGAUAAAGUUGUUAUCAUCACUAAUAACAAAUUCUUUGUUAACAAAUUCAGAUGGUGAGUACUGAUAGGAAUAGAUCAAAAAUAAGGCAACUGAGAAACAAGAGAGAGAUAUAGGCAUGCUCAGGAAAACAAAGAACUUUUCAGAAGCACAAGGAAUCUUUUUUUAAAAAAAUUACAAUGAGGCAAAUACCAGCUCAACAAACAGCCAAAUAUAUAUUGAAAAGAUGUAGACACAGGAUGUUGAUUUAGCAGAUGAAAAAGAAAAGUGGCGGGGUGCAGAAUAGAAUGACCUGCUUAGACUCCAUCUAUAUUAAAGUAUUAUGGAGGAGGUACGGUUUGCUGAACUGGAACCCCAGUCGAGAGCAUUCCUGCAAGCUACCUCUUCUUAGUAUUGCAUUAAUAUUUCCCAACAUACUGCUUUUAUUAUGCAAAAGGCUUUACAAGCUUGAUUUAUCUCUAUCUCCAUUUUGGGGAUCAUUCAUUUAGUCUGUGUUCUUAAUGACACUUGCAAGUAGCUUCAUCAUUAAUAAUAUAUUUCUGUAAGAGUCUCCAAUAUGAUUAGGCAUAGCUCAGUUAAUGAAAUAGAUGUGUUCCUGAACAUUAUUUCGGUCAUAGAAAAUUUGGUAGCAAAUUAACAUGGAAAUAAAUGGGAUAGAUUCCUGCUCCACCAAAACUAGGAGUGGUUCAACAUGUUUCAGCAAACCUUUUAUUCAAAACUAAAAGUAUGCAUUUGUGAAAUGAAACAAGCCAAUAACUUGUCAUGGUUUGAUGAUAUGGGAUUUGUAGCUUGGUGUGACAUUUAGAAUUCUCUGGUAUAGAGCCUUCUUUGAUUCCCAGUCUGGGAAAAAGGGAGGGAUACACAUAAAUAAAUAUAAGGAGGAGGAGGAGGAGGAUCCAUAGUUCAGGCAAGUGCACCUGAGUUUCAAAGUACAAAUCUUCCAUAGGGUGGAAGAUGGAACAUGACAGUUAUAGUGGUCUAAACUGCAUUAUGUAGUAAAUAGUGCAGAUGCACCUUAAGCCAUUGAGAUUUGUUAUUAAUACGGCAUUACAGUCUAAUAAUCCCCAGCACUGAAAGUUAAAUUAUCACUGAACUCAGUACUAUUUUUAAAAUGACAAAGUUUAAAGAAAUUGCAUGGAUUUCUAUUGCAGGUCUUUAAAAUACAUGAUUGGUGAUAAUGUUCUUUUUCAAAAUGGAUUGUACUGAGUAUCACACAUUACAAUUACUACAUUAGAUGGUACAUCCUACCUUACCUAUGUGGAGCUCAAACAUCCGAUAUCCAGGCAAUCUCCCACUAAUCCCAUGCAUGUCUAUUAACUUCAAUAUGGUUGCUGUAUUAAGUGUCUUCAGGCACUUAAACCGUUUAUUUUUUGAACCUCAACUUUCAAAGUCCCCCAGAAUCUUGGCUAGAUGAUUCUGCAAGUUCUUCCACCAAAAAGUAAAAUUUCCAAGCCCUACGGUCUAAACAUAAAAUGAAUAAAAAUUUUAGUUGAUACUCCAGUAUUCACACAUUUCUGUAAAUCUUGUAAAUAAUGCAUGUUCUAAUGUUACAACCAUGGGCACUGUCUAUCGGGUGAUUCCAAUAAAACGCAUAAGAGCUGUGUCA